AGCAGUCUGCUUUUGGACAAGAUGGUGCCCCACAGCCUUUUACUGGUGGUUCUGAUCUUCACUGGGACAUGUCGUACUGAACCCUUCAGUCUGCACUUCGAGUAUCCCACAGGGGGAACAGAAAGUUCCAAUGGAUUUUCCAGGAACUGUAAAGAGAUCAAGGAUUCUGACAGCAGUGCAAAAGAUGGGAUUUACAAUCUGAUCACAGCCAAUGGGGAGACUUACCAAGCCUUCUGUGAUAUGACCACUGAUGGUGGAGGUUGGACCUUAGUGGCCAGUGUCCAUGAGAACAACAUGUUUGGGAAGUGCACAGUGGGGGAUCGCUGGUCCAGUCAGCAGGGCAACAACAUAAACAACCCCGGAGGAGAGGGAAACUGGGCAAAUUAUGCCACAUUCGGUCUUCCAGAGGGAGCAACUGGUGAUGACUACAAGAAUCCGGGCUAUUAUGACAUUUCUGCCAAAGAUUUGGCCAUUUGGCAUGUGCCCAACAACACUCCAAUGACUUCGUGGAGGAGUUCUUCCCUUCUGAGAUAUCGUACAUCCAAUGGCUUCUUUCCCAGUGAAGGAGGAAAUCUCUUCAAUCUGUACAAGAAAUAUCCAGUGAUCUACAAUACUGGGAGCUGCCAGACCAACAAUGGCCCAGCGGUUCCAGUUCUGUAUGACUUUGGGGACCCUAAGACAACUUCAAUGUACUACUCUCCAAAUGGCAGAGGAGAAUUCAUUGCUGGGUUUGUCCAGUUUCGGGUGUUUAAUACUGAAAGAGCUCCUCUGGCGCUGUGCCCUGGGAUUAAGGUGACCGGCUGCAAUGCAGAACAUCACUGCAUUGGAGGAGGAGGCUUCAUACCAGAAGGAAACCCAGUCCAAUGUGGAGACUUUGCUGCCUUUGACUGGAAUGGAUAUGGGACAGGGUAUGCAUGGAGCAGCACUAAAGCUAUUACUGAGGCCGCUGUGCUCCUGAUGUACCGCUGAUCCUCCUCCUUAGUCCCUAAAGCCCUAUGUUUUUAACCCCUAAACCCCAAGUCCCUAACCCUCAAUGUGUUUACUUGGAAUUUGUGUCCCAUUAAAUAAAUAAAUAGUCA